AAUUUUUUCCAAAUUGUGGGUUUUUUUUCGGACAAAAACAAAAAAUAAAAUAUGUGUUUAAUUUAAUUAUAAUUUAAUUUUUUCUUUGAAAAGUGAGUGAGUGGCAAGAGCAGUGAACUAAACUAGACCCUCUUCAUAGUCUCAGUUGAGACGACAGACGUUAACAACAUCAACAUUUUUCGAAUAAUUUUUAAAGUUUUUUAUUUUUAUAAUUUUUUUUUUUUUAAUAAAUUUGAAUAUUCAUAUUUCAAACAAUUAUGGAUAACAAAUUGCCAGCUUUAAUUUCAAAGAGAGAAAAAUAAAUCCCCCUCGAGAAACAAUUACACCUACAUAUCGUAACAUACGGCAAUAUUAACAAAAAAAAAAAAACAAGGCAAAAAUGAAUAAAUAAAAGAUUAUUAAAUUGACAAAGUUAACUUGAGUAAAAUAAAUAAAUAAAAUGCAAUUAUAAAAUUAAUUGUGUGCAACACAGAACAAAAGACUGUUUGCUGCUACUUGCUGCUGCAUGCAAAAUGUGCCAAUUAAAAUAAAAUUAUUAAAAUUAAAAAAGUGUUAAAAAAGUAAAGAAUUAAACAAAAAUAUAAAAUAACUUACUGAAAAUGCCAUUUGCUUUUGAAUUUCAUAACGGAAGUAGAGGAGAACCACAAUAAUGGUGUGGCAAGGCAUUGCCAUAUUAAAAACGGCUGCAAAUCAUUUUACAACAAAGUGAUGCUGCAACAAAAUACCAUGGCCAUAAAACAAAAUAAAAUCACACAAAGUGUUGAAUAUAUAAAAAUUUGGAAACAUAUCAAGUGGCGAAAAACAAUAAAAAUUUAAAAGUUAAAAUACACUGAAAGAAAAACUACUAAGUGAAUGUUUAAAUAAAUAUAUAUUUUUAAUAAAGAAGAAAGCAAGCAAGCAACGCAUGUAUACAAUAAUUAAAUGUUAAACAUUUAGUUUUAAUUAAAUUAAAUAAAAACAACAUUUUAAAGAAAUUCUAAAUUUAACUAGAUUUUGAAAUUUAAGCAUUUUUUUAAAGAAUUGUUUUAUAAGUGUAAAAAAACAAAGUGUGGAAUUUUAAUUGUACUUAUUUUUUAAUUUUAAACAUUAAUAACAUUUUGUGGUUAACUUUAAAUUACUUAAUUUAAGCGUAGGUGCCAUAUUUUUCUAACAUAUCUCCAGCUGCCACAAGGUGUUUUCUGCUAUUAUCUAAAAGAAAAAACUAAAUUCAAAAUAAAAUUUCAAGUUUUUAAAAAUUUAUAACAAAUACAAAUACGUGUGAUAAGAAAAUAGGCUAAACAACCACCGAUUUUUAAACAUCCCAGGAUUUGCUGACAUUUUAAAAGAAAAACUUUAAGAGCGAGAGCAAAACUAUGACAAUAGCAAAGAAAACGAAUCUUUUGAAUAAAACCAUAGAAAGUGAAAUUUUCAUUAAACCCUUGAAAACCAAAAACAACAGCAACACUAUGGCUCUUUUAACGAAAAGCCGCAGCAGCAGCAACAGCAAUGACAAUAUUUUAGCCAAUGGCUGGAGCUUGGGAAAUGGCAACAGCAACAACAACUGCAAUGACAUCAAUAAUGAUGAUGAUAAUGAUGGUAUCUGGAAGUCUACAAAACUGCCCCUGGCAGCCUCUAUAAAAAAUCGCCACAAAUAUGACAAACUAUUGCCAAAUACCACAAAGUGUACAAGAGUAAAUAAAACCAAUGGAGCUCAAGAUAAUCAUGAUAAUGAUGAUGAUGUUGUUAUUGCUCCUCGUAAAAAUAUGCAAAAUGGUACAAAUACUAAUAAUAGUAGUAGUAGUAGUCGUCAUAGUAGUCAUAACAAUAGCAGUAGGAGUAGCAAUAGGAUUGGUGGUAGUGAUGAUGAUGAUGAUGAUAAUGAUGGAGGUUUAACUAACAUGUCGUGGCCAACAGCAGAAGCUUUAGCAACAAAAUUAACGCCAUUAGCAUCUUUAGCAACCACCGCAACAUCAUCAAAUCCUGCAGCCGGCGUAGAGACAGCGGCACCACAAAAAGCCAUAACAACAGAAAAUGUUAAAAAUGUCAAAAUAAGCCGGCAUAUGAAACACAAACAGCCACAUGAAGCAAAUAAUCCAACAGCAACACCACCAACAACUGCUACAUCAACUACAGUAAGUAGCAGGAGCAGUACAGGGAAUAAUAGUGGCUGUCCAGCCACUAAUAACCAUCACAGCGCACAAAAACUGCUAAAACUCCCGCAUAAUAACAAUAAAGUCAGUGGUAGCAGCAACAACAACAGCAGCAGCAGGAGCAACAAUAAUAUACAUUUUAAUAAUUGCAAAUAUUUGGGUAAUGUAUAUAAUGGCUCUAACCAAAGUUCAAGCAACAACACAAUGCCAACUGCAACAACUACUACAACAGCGUCUACUAUUACAUCCUGCCACAAUACUCCAGCCUAUUCUACAUUAACAACAGCAUCACCCUCCAACUCCUCCCAUAACUCUCUAGCAUCCUCUACAUCCUGCUCAUCGUUAAAUUCUACGGCAACAACAAGUUUAUUGGCAACCACAGCAAUGACUCAACAACAAAAUUCAAUAACAUUUGGUGGCUUAUUAAGGCAACAGCAGCAGCAACAACAACAGCCUCUAUUAGCCACAUCAUCAACAAACGUAUCGAGAUCAAUGGAAUUGCCAACAUUAGCAACAACAACAACAACGUCGGGUAUGACAGGGGCAACAACUUUAUCCUACAACCAUAAAAGCAACUAUGAAGCUGUCAACAAUAUACAUAACGCAACUAAUACAAAUUCCAACAAUUUGUAUACAAACUCUAACCACCACCAUCAGCAACAACAACAACAACUACAACCCUCUACACCGUCUGCCUCUUCCACCAACUCCUCCAACUCUUCAUUGUAUAAUAAUCAAUAUUUGCGUCAAUCAUUGCUGCCCCCCUCCUCCUCCUCCGCCAACACAACAACAACAGGCGCAUCCUCUUCCUCAACGAGUCCUAACUGUAAUUGUUGCAGUAAUUUAAUUGCUCGUUGCUGUUUUGGUUUGCCACAUCUUAAAGCCAUUAAUGUGCGACGUUGCGUUUUGGCUUUAUUUGCCAUUACCGUUGUAACCAUAUUCUAUUAUACUCACUACAUGGAUACUGGUGUUUUUGUGGGUUUAAUACAACGUGAUACGAGACCCACACCAAUUAUCAAUUGUCGCAUGGGCAGUGGGAAACACACGAGAAAUGCAUCGCCAGCACCUGAUCAUCGUACAGAGGCACGUUUACGCAUCGAUCCGAAAGUGUUGGUAUUUGUAGAGACAACGUAUUCAGGAUUGGGACGUGAUAUUGCAGAAUUACUUGUUUACAAAUCGAAUAAA